CCCAAUGAUCAAUAUGUGUUUCUAAAUUCAAUCCGUCGAAACAGCCCCGAAAUAGGUUGUGCCUGCCUAGAUGACCGAUGAGCAGAAGCUGAGCACCUUCAUGAAGCGCCAUGGAGUGCGCAAGGAGGUGGCCCGUCGGUACCUGAGCGCCAACAACUGGUCCCUGGAAACGGCCACCUGCACCUUCGAGUCGGAGGCGGCGGCCAAGAAGGAGGAGUCCGAGCGGCCCUCCGAAUCCUCGCCAGCGGAGGGGAGCAACCGAGACCUACAGUCGCUGCUGAGCGAGCACUCCCGGCGGAGGGACGCCGACCAGGAUGGCUACCAGGCCGGCGGGUCGAACAGCUCGGGCUCCGAGCACGAGCCGCCGGUGGGAAAGCGGGUGAAUAUCGAGAACUCCACCCCGGCCAUCACGAACCACGACAGCGACCGGAGUCUGCGGGUCUGGGGUCAUGGCGUACGGCUCGGCAGCGCCCAUCCCAUCAACCCGCCGCCCAUGUCCGCGGCCGAGGACUCCGACGCGGAGCCCGCCGACGAGGAGCACACCAUGGUGGUGCUCCACCUCUGGUCGGAGGGGUUCUCCCUGGACGACGGCUCCCUGCGGCCGUACGCUGUUCCCGAGAACGAGCGCUUCCUGCGCGCCGUUCUGAGCGGGGACUUCCCCGAGGAAAUGCUCCGCGUGCCCGGGGUCCAGCUAAGCGUCCAGGACCACACCAACGAACCCUUCCGCCAUCUGUCCAGGAAGCAGUUCAUGGGCCCAGGCAGACCCCUGAACAGCCCGCCCUCCCGGAUCCUGGUGGCUGGACCCAUCCCAUUGGAGCCCCAGACCAUUCAGCUCAACGAACACGUCGCCAUAACCACGGUGCAGCUGAGACUGGCGGAUGGAAGCCGGGUGUCGGGUCGCUUCAACCUUACCCACAACAUCGGAGACCUCUACCGAUAUGCCCGGCUGGCCAGGCCCGAGUUCUCCACUCGGAACUUCGUCCUGCUGACCGCCUUCCCGCGACAGGAACUCCUUGAAUCGGACACCCGAACCUUGGUGCAGGCCAAUCUCUGCAACGUGGUGGUCAUCCAGCACUUGAGCGACGAGCAGUCGGAACCGCUGUCCAGCGACUCUGAGCCAAUUGUGAAAUAAAUGCUAUUGGAAUUGACAAAAA